UGAGGGAUUUAAGUUUCAAAAUUACUUAACUUCCAUCAAUACCCAUGUCAAAAUGAGUGGACUUAUUACGGGUCAACCUGCGCAGAGGCCGCCUCGUGGGGUUCGUACCGUGUGCCCACUUGCUCUUGUUCUCUCACCAACUAGGGAGAUAUCAAUGCAGAUACAUGAAGAGGCUAAGAAGGUUGCAUGCCAGACCGGGGUUAGGGUGGUUGUUGCUUAUGGCAGAGCUCCAGUUAACCAGCAGGUUUAUGUCCUAGCUUUUAUUUUUGUGUAUUCUUGAUAUAUGGUGA